AAGCCCUCCUCCCAAGUCCCACCUUAGCUCUCUCUCUCUCUCUCUUUAUUUGCAUAAGGACCUUCCAAAAAGGGUAAACGGACAGUGCCUGACAAGGUCCAAAUGGAGUCGUCGAGCGCAGCCAAGAGGCUAUGGCACAUAGCGAGGGUGGUGUUCUACAUGCUCCGGAAAGGCCUCGCCAAGGACAAACUCAUGAUGGAUCUCCACCUCCUCCUCAAGCGCGGCAAGAUCGCCGGAAAAGCCAUCGGUAACCUCGUGACCUUCCACCACCACCACCACCAUCAUGGCGUCACCUCCAUGAGCUCGGCCUUCUCGUGCCGGUCCAUGGACCCCAGCCGCUCCUUCUACAGCCCCAAGGCGGUGGAGUUCAGCUGCAGCAACACUCCCUCACGCCCGUCCUUCCAUGCCAUCAAGCGAAGGAACCGCCACCGCCGCUACGACUACGACUAUGACGCCGUGGCGGUAGCGAAGGCGUUUGAGAUACUCAACUCCCAAGUGUCCGAUGCCGAGUCGGUCAUGGCAUCGCCAUCUCCAUCCCCGAUGAACUGGAGCUUUGGGAAGAGCCCGGCUGGGGCGCGCCAGCUAAGGAUCACGGACUCGCCCUUCCCAUUGAACGAGGAGGGUGAGGAGGUGGGCACCCAUAUCGAUCAGGAGGCGGAGGAGUUCAUCAAGAGGUUCUACCAGCAGCUUCGUCUACAGCAGUGGACACCGAUGACACCGGAAUACAAACAGUACAGGAAUGACUUACUGGGACGAGCCUGAGAUGGUCUUCUUACUUGAUAUAAAAGGUGAAUCUAUGCUGCUUACUUCUGCUUUGCUUUCGGUAUAUCCUUUGGCCAUCAUAAAGGGAGUUGUAAUCUUCGUAGGCCUUACAGGAUAAACUCUUUGUCACACCUCAACUAUGGACGUUCUAAAUGGUUCAUCUUUUCAUA